AUGCGCGGCACGCGGGUGCUUUGCCGUGCCUGCCGCACGGUGCGCGGGGGCUUUUCCACCCCGACACGCGGUGCGCGGGCGCUUUGCUGCCCCGAUGCACGGCGCGUGGGCGCUUUUCCGCGCCUGAUGCAUGGUCCACGGAUGCCAGAACGGAUUAACGAUCUGUUAGCUGUGCCUAAGCAUCCUUAUGCUGCUAUGGAAAACUGGGGCUUAAGUGUUUUUGUGGAACAGAGACUACUCCUGGAUUCAAGCAUUUCUUCCAUAUCAUAUUUACUGGAUGUCACCAUGGUCAUUGUGCAUGAGCUAUGCCAUCAGUGGUUUGGUGAUCUUGUAACUCCAGUAUGGUGGGAAGAUGUAUGGCUAAAAGAAGGCUUUGCUCACUAUUUUGAAUUUGUUGGAACUGACUACCUUUAUCCAGGCUGGAAUUUGGAGAAGCAGAGGUUUCUGACUGAUGUCUUACAUGAAGUAAUGUUACUUGAUGGCCUGGCGAGUUCACAUCCAGUGUCACAGGACGUGCAGCAGGCCACAGACAUUGAUCGAGUAUUUGAUUGGAUUGCCUAUAAAAAGGGUGCAGCCUUAAUUCGAAUGCUGGCUAAUUUUAUGGGUCACUCAGUGUUUCAGAUGGGCCUACAAGAUUAUUUAAUUAUUCACAAGUAUGGCAAUGCUGCCAGGAAGGACCUAUGGAAUACACUAUCAGAGGCACUUAAGAAGGUUGGGAAAUUUGUGAAUAUCCAAGAAGUAAUGGAUCAGUGGACACUCCAGAUGGGUUACCCUGUUAUCACCAUCAUGAGAAAUGAAAAUACAGACACAAUUAUAGGAAUCUCUCAAGAGCGCUUUAUUUAUGACCUUGAUAAAGAUCCUGGCUUGAGAAACAACAGCUACUUGUGGCAGAUUCCAUUAACAAUUGCAGUAGGAAAUACGAGCCACAUCUCAUCAGAGGCAAUUAUAUGGGUGUCUAACAAAUCAGAACAUCACAGGAUUGCCUAUCUUAAUGGAGGUACCUGGCUGCUUGGAAACAUCAAUCAAGCUGGCUAUUUUAGGGUUAACUAUGACAUCAGAAACUGGAGACUGAUAAUUGACCAACUCAUGAGAAACCAUAAGGUAAUCUCUGUCAGUAAUCGUGCAGGUUUGAUCGAUGAUGCGUUCAAUUUAGCCAGGGCUGGCUAUUUGCCCCAGAAUAUUCCACUUGAGAUUAUCAGAUAUUUAUCAAAGGAAAAGGAAUUUCUACCUUGGCAUGCUGCUAGCCGAGCUCUUUAUCCUCUAGAUAAGUUGCUGGACCGCACGGAGAACUACAACAUGUUCAAUGAAUACAUUUUGAGACAAGUUGCUUCAAUGUAUCUUAAGCUGGGAUGGCCAACAAAUAAUUUGGAGAAGUCUUUUGUUCAAGCUUCCUACCAGCAUGAGGAGUUCCGCCGUGAAGUGAUUAUGCUGGCUUGCAGCUUUGGUAACAAGCACUGCCACCAGCAGGCUGCAACUCUAAUCUCUGACUGGAUCUCCAGCAAUAGAAACAGAAUACCACCAAAUGUAAGAGACAUCGUCUACUGCACAGGAGUUUCACUGAUGGAUGAAGAUGUUUGGGAAUUCAUCUGGAUGAAAUUCCACUCAACAACAGCAGUAUCAGAGAAGAAAAUAUUAUUAGAAGCUUUAACCUGUAGUGAUGACAGAAAUUUGUUAAACAGGCUUCUUAACCUGUCUCUUAAUUCAGAAGUUGUCCUGGAUCAGGAUGCAAUAGAUGUCAUAAUCCAUGUAGCUAGAAAUCCACAUGGAAGAGAUCUUGCCUGGAAAUUUUUUAGAGAAAAGUGGAAAAUACUGAAUGCAAGAUACGGAGAAGCGUUAUUUAUGAAUUCAAAACUGAUAAGUGGAGUCACAGAAUUUCUUAAUACAGAGAGUGAACUGAAUGAGCUAAAGAACUUUGUAAAGAAUUAUGAGGAGAGAUCUGUUGCCUCUUUCUCUCGAGCUGUGGAAACAGUGGAAGCAAAUGUCCGGUGGCAAAUGAUUUAUAAAGAAGAAUUAUUUCAGUGGCUGAGAAAAACGCUUGCACACUAAUCAGUGUUUCUGGCAAAGACCUAGUACAAGUUGUGCAAGAGGAGAAGCACAGUGGGAACUUUCAGAAAACUGACUAGAAAUUCGCCGAAUACAAGUUCAAAUUGGAAGGACAAAUGGAUACAGAUAUAUUAUAUUUUUGCACCAAAUUCCUCAGAACUGUUAAAUGACAAGGGGCGAAAAGAAAAACACUGACAAAGAGGAAUGGUCAUGAAUCCCAUCCCCUCUAUUCCAUGGCCAAAUGUGAUAUUAGGUGGUGCAUGUAAAUGUUUAUGUCAGUUUUGUUGGGGAAAAAAAAACAAACCCUGAGAAUAUUUGUGCAUGGUUUUAUGGUUCCUGCCUGUAUUUCAGCAUGCUUACUUCAGAUGUCCAUGUUUUGUAUGUGAAUUUCUGUUGCAUCAAAGAUGGGCAUUAUGCAAAAGCACAAAGACUAUUAUGACAAUCAGUGUUGUAACACCAAGGUAGGAUGGAAAGAAGGAAGUUAAAGAUACAAAUAAACAAGUGGUAACAUCUCCCCUUUCCAUG